AUGGGGCUGUUUAUCUCCGCUCGUGCUUAUGCUCUCCACCAGGAAAAGGAGAAACUGUAUGUGGAACUAAAGCUCAUCCUGGCCCGGCUGCCUGGGCCGGAGGCGGCGGAGCAGCUACAGAUCUACCGCCACACGCUGCGGGAGAAGACCAAGCAGCUUAAGGUUUUGUCUUCAGAAUUGAAUAUGUAUGAAUCACAGAGCCAAGAAUAUAAGUACGAGAUCGAGAAACUCACCAAUGAACUGCUGGACUUAAAGAAGAAAUACCUCACUCAGAAACGUAAAGAACACAUUCAGAAAAACAAGGACAGAAUAUCCAUGGAUAACACCUUCCCAAUGGCCAAACCAACUGGCCCCCGAUUUACUGGGGGUGGAUUUCCCCUCAACAAGUCAUCCAAGGUGAAGUCUUAACUUAAAGCUGCCAGUCGAACACUCAGGAAAUUCGCCCUGGAACAUUUUGGAGGAAUCUCUUUCAAAUCCCUUGGAUCACAGAUAUUUAGGAAAAUCAGCGCUCAGAUUCCAGGAUGGAAAGAAAUGCAGAACUAUCAUAGUCAUGUACAUAGAACAGUGAUGACAUUCUACUUGGUCCACAUGGAUAUUAACAGAUUGUAAUUAUAUCUAUUCAAUUAGGCCAACCCAUUGCAUGAAGCAGAUCUUUUGUUACUACCAUGUUGUUUGAUUUGAAAUGCACUACAUCUAGAAUCUCCGUGUGGAUGAAGCUUUGGAGCUUAAUUUCUCUAUUAUAGACAUUGGUGCACUCAAGGGUUUUAUAUCUAAAAAAUAUUUUUGAAAUGCAGUGUAUUCUUAUUAAUAAGAAUCUAUUUUAAUUAUUCUUCAUUAACAAGUCAUUGCAUGAGAUGAGAAAGGAGGACAAAUUCAAGUAUUUAAAAAGUGUUUUGAGAAUGAUUUCUAUGUGGAAUUUCUUUUCAGGCCUGGGGUAUGAAAAUCUAUUCCAAAGAGACAUACUAAUAAACACUUCAUAUAAAAAAUAAAAAAGAACUCUUGUAGAGAUUUUGAUCUUUGCUUUGGUAGAGUAUGUAAUUAAAGUUUAAAACUACUGUGAGAAAUGUUUACCAAAAGGAUUUGAUUCAGAAGAACCAAAACUGUGAAAUGAGGAGUUUGGGCUAGUAUCCUCUGAAGGGCUAUCCUUUCUAGACCUCACAUUGGAGAAUGGAGUUACACAGGUUAGGGAAUCUGUUUGGCUUUCAGUCUGCAGGCCAGCAUUUUGAGCCAUUGAAUCCAUUGUAUUUUCUUUUUGUUGAAGCCACA